AGUACCCAUCAGUGCUGUCACGUUUCCACUGGAAACCGGCCGCAGCCAAACAAAACAGAAAGUUCAUUUUCCAUAGGUACCUACCUACUUGUUUCAAUCUCAAAAAUAUGUUCGGCGUAACAAAUGAGUUUAGAUUCGUUCAGAGAAUAAUAUCGCGGUUAAGCCGGCCUUAUUGAUUUGGUUCCGCCAUAGUUUGUACAAAGUGUUGCCAAUUGGCAGAUUGGUAGUGUUCGGGAGUCUACGACGUGACGAGGUUGGCACUGAUCAUGUUCCUGAGCAAAACCAAAGCCACGGAAAAAUGGCUGGAUGCUCAGUGCGAUGGGACGGCUGCACUGCACACGCUUCCGUCGUGCUUGUCCUUGUGUGAUUUGAAGAACGACAACUACUACCAGCUGGUGAUCGUCGACAUUCCACUCUUCGAUUUCGACGCCAAACCGAAACUCAAAGUGUACAAAGGAACCAACCUAACUAGCGAACAGAACCUCCCCGGGAUACCAUCAGCGGUGGAAAGUCUCUACAUCAACGAUCAAGAACCGAGAAUCCCUAUAAUCGCCGUAGCGAUUGGCUCAUCAGUACUAUUCUACCGCAACAUGAAACCCUACUACAAAUACAGCAUCCCCGGACUAAGCAUCGAUCCGAUGGAAGUCGACGUAUGGAAAAAACUACCCGUCGAACGACCUGAAAAUGUUGAUAAAUUAAUUGAAAGCCUGCGCACCCUAAGCCUGAGUCAACUGACGGAGCUUUCGCAGCAGUUGCUGGUGAUGACGGAAGACAAACGGGAAAACUUCAUCCAGGAGAACGCCGACCGUCAACUGGAGCGUUUGUCUGUCAUCACAGCGAUGACCUCGAUCAAGAAGGUUGCCAACGAGCACAAAUCAGCCUCCUGUCUGAUCCUAGCAACGGAAGCCGGCGAUAUCUUGAUUCUGGACACGCAAGCUUUUGUAGUGCUAUGCCAAGCUCGUGCUUGCUCUUUCCAGGGAACGCCGAGUAUCAUAUCUGCGAGUGGUCAGUACGACAUUGAUUUCCGGAUGGUGAUCGCCACCCGGGAAGGGUCUCUUUGUCUGCUGCGCAAAGGUUGGCUGGUUGGUCAGCACAUUGUAAAACUGGAGCAUGCAGCUUCCGGUUUAACACUGCUGCCGAUCGAUCAGACGAUCGUUGUGGUUUGCAUGAACAACAGUUUGCUUUGCUAUUCCAAAAAGGGCAAAAAACUUUGGUCGGUAACGUUACCACAGCCGGCUGUUUGCAUGACUCCGAUAUGUCUGCCGCAUCUAGGUAUCAAUCUGGUUUGUGUAGCACUUCGUGGAGGCCUAGUACAGUUCUACUGUCAGAAGAAACUAGUCGAUCAGUUCUACGCUCCAGAGACAGUUUCGGCACUAACCUUCGGCCGACUCGGUCAGGAAGAGCAUGUUCUGAUUCUGGUCACUUCCGAUGGUUCUUUGAUUGUGAAGAUUCUUAAGCGUACGGCCGAGUUUUUGACCACGGAAGACAUCUACGAGAUCAAAUCGGCUGGGGAGGAGGCUGCUGGGAAUCUACAGAUUCCGAAAAAGACCAAGGUAUUUGUGGAGCAAACUAUGCGGGAGAAGGAAAACGCAGCGGCUAUUCAUAAUUCCUUCCAAUCGGAACUGUGGAGAAUGCGACUAACGGCUGCUCGCGCUACGGUGGAUGUGAUCAACUCAGCUGAUAGCAACAUAUCGGGAGACGUGGGUUUGGCGGCAAUCAAGAUGGCCGCCGAAGUGCUUGGGUUGGGACCGGUGUUCAAGUUAUUUUUGGUGCUGCAGAACAUUUCGACCCGGAAGGAAGCUAGUGGGUUGAAUAUGUUGAUACAAGCGGAUCACCGACACUACCAGGUGGAACGACCGUAUCUACAGUUGCCGAUGCUGGUUCCGGGUGUUCCGUUGAAACUGGAUUUCAAGGUGACCGUCGUUACCGAUCCCAGCGAUGGGUUGGCGCCGAUUGAUUUGACACUGGAGAAUUCGUUUGUCCGGGUGCUGGUCUUCAAAAGUGGACAUUCUAAACCGCUGAUCGCUUCAACCGUUGUGAUGCCUCAACCGGAACCGAAAAUAUUGACCACUUUUUGAUGGGAGCAACAGAUUCGUUUCGUAAUCAUUUCAUUUUUCAGAACGUAUAUCACAAC